GAGAGGAGGAAUGAAGGGAAAGGGCGAAAGGGAGAUACACUUUACAGGGGGUAAAGAUAAAAGAGGGUGCAGGGAGAUGUGGGCAAUUUUAAGCAUUUGAUAUGUUUUAAAGUGUCCGGCAUUAGCAGUAUUCCUCUGGAGAAUGCCGCGCAGUGUUUCUGCAGCCAUUAAGUUUGCUGACGGUCCUGCUGGGUAUUACAAUGAGGAAAGCGGGAGACGUACCUGCCGCAUUAGGAAAUAGCAGCACGCACUGGUAACAUCGGUUUGCGAAGAGCCAGUGUACACAAGACGAAGUUAUUUAUAUUUAAAAAAAAUCACUGUGCUUGUUAAAGGAAAAGGGCCUUUCUGUUUUGUAAUUUGCGUAGAAGUGAAACUUGACAUGAGAAUAUAAACCAGCAUCUGCAGUUCCUUCCUACGCAUAAUAAUUUAGUUUUUGGUUUGCUGAAGUUGUAACGUAUUUCGUGCUCUCACUCCCCCCAUGUUUGUGUCUCUUUCUUGCCUUUCUAUCUUUUAUUGUUCUUUUUUGUUGCAAUUACCUCGCGGUCGUUUGUGAACCAGCCUGUGGGUCAUUUCACAUAUUUACUGCCACCCACUUUAUAGCCCAGGUGUUCAUUCCCUCCGUUACUUUCCCUCCCAACUUAAAUAUCCCCAUGCGACGAAGUAAUAUGUCCGCAAAACUUAAUUUAAACAAAAGCAGUUGCAGACAAGCGAAUACAACUUAUUUUCAUGUUUGCAACUGACCUUUUCGUUUAGCAAUGUAUUCUAUUUCGCAUUUCCUAUCGUUGCACUGUUCCAAUGGUCUAAAUACAGAAGAAUACUUCUACCUGCAAUUGUUAUGAUUUUAAUCUGCCAUUGUUUUUAAAUCUCAGAUGUCAACAAACGCGUGAAUAAAAUUAAAAGGGGGGGGGGGGGUGGAGUAUGAAAAUGCGUGUCGAUAGCAUUGCAUAAAUGAAAACAAAAUCAGCUUUGCUUUGCAAGUAAGGAGGUGUUUUAAGGAUAGAUUGCAAUCCACAUGUUGAAACUGUCAAUGGUAGAUUAACAGGAUAUAUCUCAGUGCUGAAAAAACGGAUUGGCUCUUAAACCAAUCCCGGCGAACUGAUCAUUUCCAAAGUGUCAAUUGCUGUACGGCUGUGAGGAUUUCUUUUUAUUCAAUUUCGCAUGAAGUUGGAAAUGAUUUCCUAAAAUGCCUGCAUAAAUGCUGAACAGAUGAUCUAGGACCGGAUUUGGGCGCGACUGGGGAACAGCCUCCCCGCUGCUGAGUGCAAAGCGUUGGUUCAGUCCGAAGAAAUAAAUUCCAGGCCGGGUUUUGAUCGCUGCCUCUUGCAAAGCGGAUAGCCAGUGACAGCUGGAGUUUGAAGGCAAGGAUGAGGGCUUAAGUGAAAAUAAAAAACAGAAGCUAGUUGUGCUAUUAUGAAGUCUGAAGCCUUGCUGCUAUAUUUUUCACUACUACAUUUUGUUGGGGCUGGUUUCCCUGAAGAUUCUGAACCUAUCAGUAUUGCACAUGGCAACUAUACAAAACAAUAUCCGGUAUUUUUGGGUCACAAGCCAGGACGAAAUAACACACAAAGGCAUAAACUGGACAUUCAGCUGAUUGUGAAAAUGAAUCGAACGCUCUACAUUGCUGCUAGAGACCACAUUUACACCGUUGAACUGGAUACGUCAUUCAAAGAGCAGAUUAAUUUUAACAAAAAGUUAACCUGGCGAUCCAAACAAGCUGACAUAGACAUAUGUAGAAUGAAGGGAAAACAUAAGGAUGAAUGCCACAAUUUCAUUAAAGUGCUUCUGAAGAGAAAUGAUGAUACCUUAUUUGUCUGUGGGACAAAUGCAUUUAACCCUUCAUGCAGAAACUACAAGUUGGAGACCCUGGAAGUCCUUGGAGAUGACAAUAUCAGUGGAAUGGCAAGGUGUCCGUAUGAUCCAAAACAUGCAAACGUUGCACUAUUUGCUGAAGGUAAGCUUUAUUCAGCAACUGUAACAGACUUCCUUGCAAUUGAUGCUGUUAUAUAUCGUAGCCUUGGAGAAAGUCCAACACUACGGACAGUAAAACAUGACUCAAAAUGGUUGAAAGAACCUUACUUUGUCCAGGCUGUGGAUUACAAGGAUUAUAUCUAUAUCUUCUUUCGAGAAAUAGCAGUAGAAUACAACACCAUGGGAAAGGUUCUCUUCCCACGAGUGGCUCGGGUUUGCAAAAAUGACAUGGGAGGUUCUCAGAGAGUAUUAGAGAAGCAAUGGACAUCCUUUGUCAAGGCUCGUCUCAACUGUUCAGUACCAGGGGAUUCACAUUUUUACUUCAACAUCCUGCAGUCAGUGACUGAUGUCGUACGUAUUUAUGGUCGCGAUGUGAUUCUAGCAACAUUUUCUACACCAUAUAACAGCAUCCCUGGCUCAGCGGUCUGUGCGUAUGAUAUGGAGGACAUUGCCACUGUUUUUACUGGUCGAUUCAAAGAGCAGAAGUCUUCUGAUUCCACGUGGACCCCUGUCCCUGAAGAUCGAGUUCCUAAGCCAAGGCCAGGUAGUUGCGCAGGAUCACCGUCUCUGGAAAGAUACAUCACCUCCAAUGGAUUUCCAGAUGACACCCUCAACUUCAUUAAAACACACCCUCUACUGGACGAAGCUGUCCCCUCAAUUUACAAUAGACCAUGGUUUUUGAGGACAAUGGUCAGGUAUCGAUUGACUAAAAUAGCAGUGGACACUGCAGCGGGCCCAUGCCAGAAUUACACCGUGGUGUUUCUUGGAUCAGAGAAAGGAAUCAUCUUAAAAUUCCUGGCCAAAGCAAAUAUGGGCUCCAUCAAUGAUAGCAUCUUCCUGGAGGAGAUUAAUAUCUACAAUGUAGAAAAGUGCAGUAUUGAUGGUGUGGAAGAUAGAAGAAUCGUGGGAAUGCUGCUUGAUAAACCCAGCAAUGCUCUGUUUGUGGCCUUCUCCACUUGUGUCGUGAGGAUGCCUCUUGCUCGAUGUGAGCGGCACAACAAGUGCAAAAAGGCUUGUGUUGCCUCUCGGGACCCCUACUGUGGUUGGCUGAAGGAGGGAUCAUGCGUGCAGCUGUCACCGACAACUAAAUCAUCAUUUGAACAGGAUAUCGAGCACGGGAACACAGAUGGUCUGGGAGACUGCCAAAACUCCUUUGUGGCUCUGAAUGACUUAUCAACCACUCCACAAGGUCAUGAAAUGUCUCGUGAUACAAUACAUGGCUACUUCAGCUCUGCCUUUUCCACUACCACCCCUCCUACAGCAAUUAAGGAGGGUUAUGAUGCCCAGGGGCGGAUGCUGGAUCAGAAGAAUGUUAUUGCGUCCUCAGAAAUCAUUGACCCAAAUGUGAUUAACCCUCCACACAUUCACCAUGAUACCAACGGAGUAAUCCGUGAAAGUUACCUCAAGGGUCAUGAUCAGCUUGUUCCAGUCACCCUUUUGGCUAUUGCAGUUAUUCUCGCCUUUGUCAUGGGGGCAAUUUUCUCAGGAAUAAUUGUUUACUGCAUUUGCGAUCACCGCCGUCGGGACAUUGAUGUGGACCAAAGGAAAGAGAAAGACCUGCCUCGAUCUCGCAAGGAUUCCAUGGCCAGUGUCACGAAGCUCGGGGUCCUGUUUGAUGCUCAGACAAAGGAUCCAAAGCCAGAAGCUCUGCUCACUCCUCUGAUGCACAACGGUAAAAUCGUAACACCAAAUGGCACGACUAAGAUACUGAUCAAAGCCGAUCAGCACCAUUUGGACCUGACGGCCCUGCCCACUCCAGAGUCAACGCCAACCUUGCAGCAAAAGCGAAAACUGAGCCGUGGCAGCAGCCAGUGGGAGAGGAACCAGAACCUAAUCAAUGCCUGCACUAAAGACCUGGCCUCCAUGGGGUCGCCAGUGAUUCCCAUGGAUCUUCCCCUCCGUGCCUCCCCCAACCACAUUCCGAGUGUUGUGGUCCUCCCUACCACGCAGCAGAGCUUCCAGCACGACUAUGGCGAUCAAGGGCACCGAUCGGAAAUGGCGCAAAUCACUAUUGAAGAUCAGAACGCCACACUGGAAUACAGAAGUAUAAAAAGCCCCUGCCAUGGACUGGUUGCAAACCAUGACCAUGUGCCACCAAAAGUUCCUCAGAGAGAAGCCUCACUCGGCUCCGCUAAUUCUGGGCUGACUCAGAAUGCUCUGAGCAAGAGGCUGGAUGUUCCUUCCCCUUCGUAUGCAAUCGAAUACAAGCGAAACUAUCCCAGCAAUUCAUUGCAGAGAAAUCCUCAAACAUCUGCCUUCAAACGAAACUACAAUACUAACUCUUCCAAUUCCUCCCAUCUCUCCAGAAACCAGAGUUUUAACAGAGGAGAGAACCCUCCCCCUGCACCGCAAAGAGUAGACUCCAUGCUGGUUAAUGCAGGCCAAUCUCAGACGCAGGCUGUGACCGUGUCUAGGAGAUCCAGCAUCACAGCACCAUACAACUCUCUGCCAAGACUGGGGCUGAAACGCACGCCCUCCAUAAAACCAGAUGUUCCACCAAAACCCACAUUUGGUCCCCAUUCAGCUUCCAUCAAAGCAAAUGACACAUGUACAUAAUCACAGUGGGAAGUACAAAAUGGUGUGGACCCUGCUUUCUGAGUCAGUGCUUUGCAACUGCAACACUAGUUUUGUGUUUUUCUUUUUAAAAGAAGAGCUGUUGUUAAGCUGAGAAUACUUAUCCCUUCUCCCUGGGAAAAGUGGAAUAUUUACUUGCGAUUGAUGCAGCUACUGAACUCAGCAGUUGAAAGGUGGGGUUAGCAGCUGUGGAACUUCCAUCUACGGGGAUUUAUGAUUGAUGCACAUGAACAGAACAAUGGGACGAUGAGCCUAAAGCACAAAACUGCGGCAAACGUGUAAUGUCUCCUUGACUCUACAGCAACUGCCCUUUAGGGAGAUGAGUUUCAAAAACAAAGCACUGAAGAUGUUGACUCAGACUUAACAAUAGCUGAAGUUUACUGUUUGCAGAUAGUCUCAGAUACUGUGAAAUGCCUCUCAGUGUUAUAUUCGCUUGGCUGAAGCAGAUAUCAGCCAUUUUGGCAAGGCUUUGGCCUACAUCUCUGCUAUUGUCCUUGUAAUGAUUAAUGUGACUUAACACUAAUAGCUCCUGGUAUUUAUUAUUUAAGUGCUAUUUCAAAUAUGACUGACUCCUUCAAAUGAAUUUAUGGAUAUUCUUUAAAAAAAAUCUGAAAAAAGUCUAAAAUGUAAUGUUUGUAAUUAUUUAAGUCAAGUCAAUUAACUGGAGACAUUCAAUACUUUUUUUUUUAAAGAUAACUGUCCACUAACAAUAUGGAGGUGGCAUACUGAGUGCAGUGUUUCUACUCAGCUGCUGGUUGGGUUAUCAAGGUGCUUGGGGAGGGGAGAAGCAAAGAAAGGGGCUAUUUAUUUUAUUGUGACAGGUUCAUUUCUUGGUGAGCUGAAUGGGGGAGUGCAUCAAUGAAAAUGUCCAAGUUUGUUCCCCUGAGGACUCGAACAGGAAAGGAAAGAAACUCAGAUAACCGUGCACACAGGUGGAGGCGCCAUCUAUUAUUCAGAGGAUGUCUAAGCAUUUAACAGCGGGUUGGUUUUGUCAGUAGUUCAUACUUGCAAAGUAGAAACUGGCACAUUGUGUGGCAGCAAAACUUAAUUUUGCACGUGGCACAGCAAUGGGUGGAGCCUGCUGAAAGACAAGCUGUUACAGUGCAUCAACAGUGCAUACUUCUAUCAUGCUGGUUCUAACUAGGAAUACAUCUGUGUGGCAAGCCUCUUUUUCCAUGUGUAAAUUUGUGCCUUACAACAACAAUUAUGUACAGUUCUAGCUAGUAAUGUGCAAAUAAUUCCCCACUUAAAAAAAAAAUUUUUUUUGCUAAAUUUUCCAUCCCAAUUGGAAUAAUUUGACUCUCACAGAAUAUUCAAGCUUGAGUCCCGGAAAAAUCCGGACACAGCGACAUACGAGUCGCACAGCCGUGCCAAUCCUCCCCUCCCAACAUGCGACAAUUGCAGAAGAUUUCAAGCUCACCCACAAUUCUCUGGGUGUGUUCCCUUUCAUCUUUAUUUCUGUACUGUAAUUGAACAUACAGUAUUCCCACUGGCUAAUUCGGAAAGAUGGAACGUGCUUUAAUAAUGUUUCUAUCAGUG